AAUGUAAAUGAACAAACCCUGACUCGCAAUGUCAAAAAUAAUCGGCAGUCAAGCAUGGCAUAUUCCCUCAUCCGAUGACUUGUUUUGGAUAUAAAAAAGGUUCAUAUUAUAUAGACACCACAACUCCUGGAGCAAUGAAGUCCUUCUUAUGUUUCAGUAUUUUGAUUGUCAACUUCGUUGCUUGUUUAAGCUAUACAGACCAUUUUAACGGAUAUAAAAAUGAAGAUGAUAAGUAUGAUCGAUUGAUGAAACUACUUCGCAGCAAAGUACGCCAACUAAAGGAAAAUGAGGCAAAAAACAAGCGCAAUAAACCGAUACCAGUAGCAUUUAAGAAAGACAAACCAGAAGAUUCAGAGGAAAAUUUAAAAGCCAUAGAAGAACAGUAUGUUGAUCCAGACUCGAAAAAAAUGGAAAUCAUCGAGAGCUUCCAGGUUCUAAAGGAUCACAAGAAGUUCAAGCCAAAUCAUAUCCAUCCAGAGGAAAGUAAACAUGUCAAAGCAGAGGCUUUGGACAGGCAUAUAUUAACCCAUGCUCAGAAAGUACAGCUAAACAUGGAGUCUGAAAAUUCAAAUGAAAACGACAUAAAUAGUGGUGGUAUUUCAAAAAGAGGUUUUACAACAGGUCGUCUGUGGACUAAGAAAACAGUACCCUAUGAAAUAGAUUCAAGUCUAGAUACUCAAGAGGCAAGGAAUGUAAUUAACCAGGCUAUACAAGUUUUCGCUAAAUUGACAUGUAUUCAGUGGAAACCACACACAACUACUUUAGAAACAGAGCUUGGACAUCAAUCAUACGUUAGAUUUUUUAGCGGCAGCGGAUGUUGGUCGCAUGUUGGUAGAAGUAGUAAUGGGGAACAAAAUUUAAGUCUCAAGGCUCCUGGUUGUCUAGGGCUUGGAACUGCUUUGCAUGAAAUGUUACAUGCUCUAGGACAAUGGCACGAACAGAGCAGAACAGAUAGAGAUGACCAUGUUUUUAUAGAUUACAGUCAAAUUGGAGUAGAACCAGGUGAUGGUAAUUAUGGAAAAUUCAACACGAGAGAUUUAAAUCCAUAUGAUUAUGAAUCAAUAGAACACUACUCAUUAAAAAAAGGAUUCGAGGCAUUACAACCUGAUUUAGGAUUCCUAGCAUCAUAUGGAUCUGGAUUUUCCUUUUACGAUAUUGCUGACAUUACAGACGCAUAUAAAUGUACAGAAAAUUGCUUGAAUCCGCCCGAAUGCAAAAAUGGUGGUUUUAUAAACUUUGAAUGUAAAUGCCAUUGUCCUUACGGUUUGACUGGCGACAAUUGUGAUUCUGUUAUCAACAGCGGAGUUUGUGGUGGAAUCAUCGAUCUUAUCCCAGGGGAAAAGGCAGUUAUAAGGUCACCAAAUUUUCCAAAUACGUAUGACGUUGGUAUGGAGUGUGCGUGGCUUUUAAGGGCACCAUCUAGUUUUCAUGUGCGACUUGAGGCAGACGUAUUCCAUCUUCCAUAUGACGCAGAAGAUGACAGAUGUUAUCAUUGGUUACAAGUAAGAUACAAUCUAGUUGGGCAGACAGGGAUAAGAGUUUGCGGUGAUUCUAGUGGUGAUUCGUGGGUUACCUCUCCUUGGGGUCAAAAGAAUCUCAUGUUGCUAAUUUUCGACAGUGAAUUUGGAAAACUACAAUCACCAGAGAAAGGAUUUUCUCUUCUAGCUACAACAACUAAUGAUGGAUGCAUUCCAGAUCCAUGCAUAUAUGGAGUUUGUAAGGAUUGUGAAAAUCAGGCAUAUCGUUGUGAAUGUGAUCCAGGAUUCGAAGGACAGAACUGUGAUCAAGCCAAAGCUUCAGAAACGUUGGCAUGUACAUUUGAAAAGGGAAGUAAAUGUUUUAUGAAGAAUGUAGACAACGACGAGUUUGACUGGAAUAUGUACGCCGGCCCUACAGUUUCCGAUCUGACUGGACCGGAAAGUGCAGUUGAGGGAUAUAAUUACAUGUACGCUGAAUCAUCAUCCCCAAGGUUACCCAAUGAUAAAGCUGUUUUACAGUCUGAUAUAACUUUACCUGCGGAAGACCGUUGUUUAAAAUUCUAUUACAAUAUGUUUGGUGCCGGAAUCGGAUCUUUAACUGUCAAAUCAACCUCAAAUGUCUUGUGGUCAAAAAGUGGAAACCAAGGAUUUAGUUGGCUUGUUGCUGCUAUAAACAUACCUUCAACAGUCAAUUUACAGAUUGUAAUUGAAGCAACACGUGGAAGUGACUGGGAAGGUGAUAUAGCUAUCGAUGACAUCAAAUUAAUUCCAGGGAUUUGUGAUAUGCCUGUGAAGUCUGACUGUCUUUUAUCUGCCCUGGGAAAAGAUUACAUCGGAACCCUAAGUGUAACAAAAGACGGGAAAACAUGUCAACGUUGGGAUUCUAAUUCUCCUCACUCACAUUCUUAUCAUGCAUAUGACAAUGACGACAAUUAUUGCCGAAAUACUCUCGGUGAUGAACCUAUGCCAUGGUGUUACACCACAGAUCCCGACGAUCGAUGGGAAUUUUGCGAAAUUCCAUACUGUCAUAUACAAGAAUGUGUCCGGUCUAUAAAUGGAUACGAUUACUUGGGAAGUAAAGCUACAACAACACAGGAUAAAGCUUGCGAAGAUAAUGCGGUUUGUAGAGGUAGUGGAAGCGAUCCUUCCCCAUGGUGUUACGUGGACGAUCAGAUCAUAAGAUGGGAUACGUGUGACAUUGCGACUUGUACUGAUAAGCCUAAAGAGUGCUUGCAAACUGGUAAGGGCACUGAUUACUUUGGAAGUAUAGCAGUUACAAAAACUGGUUCUGAAUGUCAACGUUGGGACAGCCAACAACCGCAUCAACAUGAUUACUGGUACCUUGAGGAUCAGGAAAACUUUUGCCGGAACCCAGAUGGCUCAACAAGUCCUUGGUGCUUAUCAACAGAUCCAACUGGUGGAAAAGAAUACUGUGACAUUCCUUUUUGUGAUAAUCAAGGAUGUACAACAAACCCGUGUUCACAUGGGGGAACCUGUCAGACUACAGAAAACGAUGGAUAUUCAUGUCAGUGUCUAAAUGGAUAUGAAGGUGAUCGUUGUGAACUAAAAGUUCCAUCAUUAAACGAUUGCAAGAGGUCAAUAGCUGGAUAUGAAUACCAAGGACAAAUAAAUACAACUAUUGGAGGAUAUACUUGUCAGAUGUGGGCUUCAGAUAACCCUCAUUCUCAUAGCAAACACGAUUUACCUGAAAAUUUCUGUCGUAAUCCGGACAAAGAUGAAAAACCAUGGUGCUACACGAAUGAUCCCCAAAUACGAUAUGACUUCUGUGAUAUUCCAUUCUGUACAACUCCUGCCAAACAGUGUCUGCAAUCAGAUAAUGGCAUCGAAUACUAUGGGAAUGUUCGUCAAACAGAAGAUGGGGUACCGUGUCAGAAAUGGGCUGAUCAAGCACCACACACUCAUUCAUAUAGUUUUAUUAGCGACCAAGAAGACUACUGUAGAAAUCCAGGAGCUGGCGAGAAUAGGCCUUGGUGUUAUACAACCGAUUCUAACGUUAGAUGGGAUUACUGUGACAUUCCUCACUGUUAACAUGAAACUACACAAAUGUAUACUUGAUAUGGACUAAUUGUUUGCUAUAGUUUAACCAACAAUCAAAUUCUUACUAUCAUCUAUAUGAGAAUAGAUACAGAAUAAUCGCCCAUCUGCUCACAGACUACUUGCACUAUCUUCUUUUCAUCAUUAAAGUCUUGUUUUAAG